AUGGUGGACGUGAUAGGCGCGACGGCCAUCGCCACAGGUCGGCUGCACAAGGCUUCAAGCGGCGGAUGUGUAGCGGCAUGGGUGUUUCAAACUGGCGCAAGACUUUGUCAUUCGUCAGCCCAGCUUCACUUCACCAAAGCCGCAAAGCACUUUUGGGAGGCGGCGGCAGGGAAGCCCCGAGCCAAGUUGCAUAGAGGUGGAUCACGCGCAGGCGCAGGCGCAGGCACAGGCACAGGCACAGGAAUACUGCACUCGGCUGCCGCAUGCGACACACCUGCACCUAUCCGACACAUGGCGACACAGCGACGCCCACUUCCCGCCUUUCUCAAGCAAUCUAGGCCUGAACUUCACACCAAAUUCGUGGACCUCGAGUGGCAGCAGCGCGAACGACUUCUACAAGGCACUCAGUCUACUGCGAAACCAGACGCCCCACCCUCGAAAUGGGCUCGACUCAACAACGAUGCCGCCAUCAUCGCUCGCAACCGAUACAUGAAUGUUGAACCCUACGCACAAAAUCGAAUCAAACUGCGAGUCGCGGAAGGAGGAAAUGACUACAUCAAUGCUUCGCCAAUCCAGCUGGGCAAGAGGAGGUACAUUGCGACGCAAGGCCCGAAAGACUCGAGUGUCAAUCACUUCUAUCGCAUGCUUGCAUCCGAGCUGAAAAGCCCUGCCGUGGUGGUCAUGCUUACUCAGACGCACGAGGCUGGCAAGGAGAAGUGCUUCCAAUACUUUCCGCUGUCGACGGAGGAGAGUCCGCUUACCAUUCGGCCGGACGAGCAUUUUCAGGAUGGUUUUCAGGGCGAGGUGAAACUAGUCAGCAUCGAGGAGAAUGCCAAGACUCGCAGCGAGCUGAGGAAAUUGCGCAUGAAGACGACCACGGCGAAUGGUUCACAAGAGGAGAGGGACAUCCUACACCUGCUUUUCUCGGGUUGGCCGGACUUCUUGGUACCAGAGGGUGCUGAUCGAGCAGCACUUGUCGAGCUUGUGCGGCUAUCGGCUGCGCUGAACAAGCCCGGUUCUUCCAGCACGGCCACUAAUACGGCAGGCUCUUCCUUCGCCGAGGACCUCGCAUCCACUGAUGAGGACAACCCACGCAUCAUCCACUGCUCGGCAGGUGUCGGGCGGUCAGGCACCUUUAUCGCACUCGACUACCUGCUCAGCUUGAUGUUCUCCGGCCAGCUCGACGCUGUCCCUCCAGACAGGGAUCCCAUCGCCGAAACUGUGGACCAACUUCGCCAGCAGCGUAUGAUGAUGGUGCAAGGCGAAGCCCAAUUCAAUUUUCUCUACGAGGUCAUGCGCGAGCAGAUGACUGCCAGAUUUCAGGGUAGCGACACGACGGCGGGAGCGCAGAACGGAGCAUAGUGGCUCCGGAUACGAUUCAGAGAAGUCAUGAUGAACGCGGCACGACUUGGGCGGCAUUGUAGUUGUAUUGUUGCAUGAGCGCCGGCAUGGAUUGCAUUUUUGGGGAGCUGAAUAUAGGUAGGGUCAAGACACAUUUUCCUGCG